AUGUUUAUGCUCCGUAACGUGGGCAAAUUCAUCUUCGGUGACACCUCUAAAGAGUCUAUCAUUGAAAUUUCCCAGGGCCAGCUGUAUCUAGUCCGACCCCUAUCGCCAAAGGGCUAUUCAGAGCUCAUCUUUAAAGACGCCGCAGCAACUAUCCGUCGUACUGGUCAAGAAUUCCAAUACCAGCUGGUAGUUCAGAGAGCAUACGAAGAAGGUGAGGAGGAGCUUGCUGACGAGGACGAUCAAGGUUCUGCGGAUAACCUGGACAAGGAUGAGAAGGUGUUUUUACUAGACCAAAGUCUGCAUUUCCGCUCCGAAGUUCGUGAAGGCGGAAUCAAGAUACUCGCUUGGGACGAUCUGAGCGGCGACGAAGGUGAUCUAUUCGAGUUUGUUUGCGACGCUUCAGUUCCGUCAGAAAAACUUGCUACUUUUGAGCUCGCUGCUCUGCAGUGCCAGUACGAGCGCAAGUUCCGUAGCAGUGCCCAGAAGGCGACUGACGAGGAUCUACAAGAGUUUUCAUUCAAGGAGGAGAAGCCCAUCCCACCUGCCAGCCCGGUUUCUUCUUCCCCUCUUAAGUCGCGUGGACCUUCUUUGACUUCGGAAGACACGGCCACUCUGAUGGCGGAAGACGUGAAAUAUGCCCAGUCUAAGGGCCAAUUGAAGCCUAAUGCACCUGAAGAUGAAUCAACAACAGCCCCUGCCGCGGCUGCUCAACCCGAGGUGACGGAGGUUCUCGCAAAGGAGACAGCUGAGCUGCACCUGUUCGACUUUGCUACUGGAACAUUCGUGAUGCAGGAGUCGGUUGUGACUGCAACUGUGUCAGAAAUAGGUAACUGGCAGUACUGGUUGCAACUUAGCGGCAGCGAUAAGGAAUGGUUGGGACAGGCCGUAGUGGCAGAUAUCAAUCCCGUCUUCAACUUUGAAUAUCUUUCUUUUAUCUUCAACCACUAUGCUGAAGAUGGCUCGGCUUACUCGUGGCUUCUUCGAUUCAAAGAUCAACCUUCGGAAGAGCGAUUCCAGGAAGGUCUGAUGCAGGCUCUAUGGGAACAGCUUAAUGAGAUGAAAUGGGCCAAGGUCAAGGAGAAUGACCGAGAAUAUGUUCUCGAUGCAUUCAAUGAUCUUACUCUAGAAGAAAAACCUGAAGAGGAGGCUGAAGAAGAAGAGGAAGAGGAAGAAAGUGACCAUGAUGACGGCCAGCGAAGUGAACACUACGACAGCGAUGAAGAAGAAGAAGAUGUUAUCACGCGCGACCAAGAUGGAAACGUGAACUCUCAAUUGGCAGUGGGCUACAAGCAUGACCGUUCAUUUGUCGUUCGCGGUUCCAAAAUUGGUGUUUUCAAGCACACAAAUAACAACAAUCUCGAGUUUUCGACCACCAUUUCAAAGGUGGAGACACCCGGUGGCAAGCUAUUUAGCCCGAAGAAGGUUAUGCUGCACGCCGAGGACAGCAAUAUGAUUCUUCAGAACUCCGACGAUCCCAACUCCCUCUAUCGCAUGGAUUUGGAGUACGGUAAGGUUGUUGAUGAGUGGAAAAUUCACGAUGAUAUCACUGUCGAUACCUUCGCCCCUGAGAACAAAUUCUCCCAAAUGACCUCUGCUCAGUCGUUCGUGGGUGCUUCCAGGAAUGCGCUGUACCGUAUCGAUCCCCGUCUUGCUGGCAACAAGCUAGUAGAUAGCGAUCUGAAGCAAUACGUCAGCAAGAACGAUUUUUCGGCCCUUGCUACAACUGAGAAGGGUUAUAUUGCCGUUGCGUCGAACAAGGGCGAUAUCCGCAUGUUUGAUCGCCUAGGAAUCAACGCUAAGACCCAUAUCCCUGCUCUUGGUGAACCCAUCAUCGGUUUGGAUGUUUCUGCCGAUGGUCGCUGGGUGCUUGCAACCUGCCGGACUUACCUGCUCUUGAUCGACAAUUUGCAGAAGGAUGGCAAGAAUGAGGGCAAGCUCGGAUUCGAGAAGUCCUUUGCUAAGGACUCGAAGCCUCAACCUCGUCGUCUCGGCUUGCAGCCCGCACACGUUGCUCAGUUCCAACACGAGACUAAACAGCCUCUCGCAUUUACAACUGCCCGCUUUAACACCGGCGUUGAUUCCGAAGAAACCUCGGUCGUUAGUUCAACCGGUCCCUUCAUUGUCACCUGGAGCUUGAAGAAGAUUCUUGCUGGUCGUAAGGAUCCGUACACAAUCAAGCGGUACUCUGAGAAUGUCAUGGCGGAUGACUUCCGUUUUGGUUCGGAUAAGAACGUGAUUGUGGCUCUGCCUAACGAGGUCAACAUGGUAGCUAAGCGCAGCUUCCAGAAGGCUACUCGUGAGAGCAUCGCUGGACCUAUCACCCCUAUACGUGCUCGCGCUGGCAGGUUCAGCAGCCAUCUUGGACGAAACGAUAUCGUAAACUCGCCUUACUAG